AUGUUCAACAGCAGACACCAGAGCCUUAGCAAAAGAGGAAGAAUAUGGGGAUUGUGCAUCCUCUUGCUUUACACCACCCCCCUUUCCUGUUUUGCAAAUUUCAGUCAAGCAAAAGAGCUCAUCUAUAAGAUAAAGGAGGGAUUACCCAGGGGGACCUUCAUAGGGGCCAUCGGAGUAGACUUAAAUUUGGAUUUCACUGUUGAGCCCCCAUUUCUAUUCAAUCUCCCGCAAAAGAAGGUCAGCGAACAGUAUGUGAACCUAAAUAAUACCACCGGGGAGCUUUACACAUCUGCUACAGAGAUUGACAGGGAGACCUUGUGUCCCGAUAACUCGGAGGGGCAGGGAUGUGUCCUCUCACUGGAUGUGUUUGUGUUGCCUCAGCAGUACUUUCAGCUUGUCAAAGUUAAGAUCUUUAUUGAGGAUGUGAAUGACAACAGGCCAAAGUUCCCUGUGGAUGAGAUCUGUAUGUCCGUCCCAGAAAACGCACCAGUCAACGCUCGUUAUGCAGUGGAGCAGUCUGCAGUUGACCCAGACCUGGGUCCUCACGGAGUGCAGACCUACUGGCUGGUUAAUGACUUCAGCGUGUUCACACUGGAUGUUGAGGAGAAUGAGGGAGGCGAGCUGACACCCUUCCUCAUCGUGACAGAGACCUUGGACAGAGAGACACAGGCUGAAUACAUAACAGAUAUUAUUGCAGAGGAUGGAGGGAUCCCUCCUCUACUCGGUGCGGCUACUUUAAAAAUUGUCAUCACAGAUGUGAACGAUAACUGCCCUCAAUUCACAGAGUCACAAAUUAAUGUUACUCUGCAUGGGAAUACCACUAAAGGGGCACAUUUGGCACGUCUGCAUGCUUUUGACCCUGACCUUGGUGCUAAUGCUCAGAUCAGCUAUGCUUACAGUGAACGUGUGCCAAGGGACACCAGGAGCUUGUUCCAUUUGGACAGAAUCACAGGGGUGAUCAAGCUAGCAGGGAAAAUAGACACUGGCACGGCCACAUUUUACAAACUCACUGUUCUGGCAAAUGGACCUGGCUGUAUUCCUGCUGUUGCCAUUGUUACCGUCCAUAUCAUCAAAGUUGUGACUGGGCCCCCUGCAGUCAUACCCCGGUACAUUGCACCAGAAAAGGAUGGGGUGGUAACAAUAAAGGAGUCCGAGUCAGCUUUUUCUCCAAUUGCUUUUUUUACUGUUAAAAACAUUGAUAUAAACCAAAGGGUGGACUGUCAUUUGGAGGGGCUUGGUCCCUUUAGGCUUGUCCCCUAUCAGCUGUUCAAGAAUGAGUUCUUGCUGGAGACGACAGAGUCCUUGGACUAUGAGAAGACUCAGGAGUAUGAACUAAUUGUGGUUGCUAAGAAUACAAAAGGGCUCGUCAUCAAGACUUUUCUUAAGGUGCAGAUUUUGGACGAGAAUGAUAACGCACCUGUGUUUCAGCAGUCUCUGGUGGAAAUAUCAGUUGAGGAAAACAAUCCACCAAACACCUUUCUAACCCAGCUCCAAGCCUCAGACCAGGACAGCGAAGGCCGAGGGGAAGUUAUCUACCUCCUUGGAGGUGACGCCCCCGGGAUCUUCGUUGUGGAUCGUGUGACAGGUGUCCUGACUGUGGCCACAUCGCUGGACCGUGAGGAGAAAGAAACGUAUCGCUUCAUAGUGAGAGCAGUGGAUCAGGGGACGCCCAGAAGGGAGUCGAUCGCAACAGUGGUGGUGACUGUGCAAGACCGCAAUGACAACAGUCCACGUUUCAUCAAUAAGGACUUCACUUUCUUUGUGCCUGAGAACUUCCCGGGGUAUGGUGAGAUCGGCGUUCUUUCUGUGACGGAUGCUGACGCUGGAGAAAAUGGCUGGGUGGCCCUCUCCAUCCUCAAUGGCAGCGACAUCUUUAUGAUAGACACUGGUCGAGGGGCGCUGAGGGCCAAGACAUCACUGGACCGUGAGCAACAAGGAACAUACCAGUUAUGGAUUGAGGCUGUUGAUGGGGGGGAACCUGCACUUUCCUCUGUUACAAUGGUGACUGUGCUGUUGUUGGAUGUAAAUGACAACCCACCAAUUGUCCUUUUCCCACAGUCCAAUCAGUCUUACCUGCUUGUCCUACCCAGCACUGUACCCGGGACAUCAAUCACAGAGGUGUAUGCCGUGGAUAAAGAUACAGGCAUGAACGCUGUGAUCGCCUAUAGUAUCAUUAAAAGGAAAGGUGGUGAGCCAGGGUCCUUUGCCAUUGACCCAGAAACAGGAAAUAUCACGUUAAAGCGGGAGCUCAGCAACCGAGGACUCUACAGCCUUCUGGUGAAGGUCAGUGAUCACGGUCAACCUGAACCACUUUACUCGACGGUCAUGGUUAACUUCUUUGUCAAUGAAACAGUGAGUAACGAGAGUUACAUCCAAAGUCUGCUGACCAGAGAGGCUGACAUAGAGGUAGAGGAGAGGCCCUGGUACAUUGGCCAGAUGGCAGAGGGACCUGAGAGGUACGAUCUGUUCCCCUGUCAGCCUGUCCUCAUUGCUCUUUCAGUGACAUGUCUGGGGUUAUUUUUCUUGGUUGUCAUGCUGACAUCUUACAUAUGCUGUAAGAGGUUUAAAAAGAACAGGAAAAAAAGAUCAGAGGUAGAGAUACCUUUGAAAAUGAAAAACGACUCAAUGCAGGUUGUGAACAGGAAGCUCAGGCAGAUCUCAAACAUCUGAUAUUCAGUUGUCCACACAUCCAAAAUCCACCACUGUUUACAUGAAUGUUUACAAAACUCACUGUAAGAAGUGUAGCUCUGACAUGAACUUGCUCUUAUGGCUUUUGUUGUAUCAUUGUUAUUACUGGAAUAUACCUGUAUUGUAAUUUAACUUAUAUGCCACAAGUUUCUGUCGUCAAAAAAGGUACAGCAACUGAAUCACUAGUUUACUUUUUAUAUCUGUGAAGCACGACAACUCAUUCAGAUGUGAUGUUUCCGCAAACGAUGGGCAUCAAAGUAAUAACACAAUAUUACAAAGCCAUGAGAGCAGCUCAUUGAAGAUUACUAAGGUUCUAUGUAAAUAUUGUACAAAAUGUUUUACAACUUUAUAUGAAACUUUUGCAUUGGCAUGAAAAGGACACAUGGAGGCACAAGAAAUGCUUCUUUAUUCAACUCUCUGCUUUGGAAAAAUCCCAUCUCUUUUCACCCCCUGUCUAUACUUGGAAGUUAGAAAUCUAAAUAUAUUUAUUUUUAAAUAAAAUGUUCAGCUUUAUUCAUAAAGUAAUCAUACAUGUCUAAAUUGAUUGAUACAGAAAAGGCUAAAUAAACUGUAUUAGAUCUGCUAACACACUAUGCAUAAAUGUUCUGACAAGGCUUUCUGUUAAAUGUCAACCAUGGAAAUUUCUAAAAACAGACCAAAAAAGAAAACUGUCUUUCCAAAGCUUUCAGCUGUGUUUCACUGUGUGUAUAUGCAUAUAAUUAUAUAAAUAUACAUACUGUGAGAUGAGGUUGAAAGCUCUAGGAAAAGGUAGUAAGUACAUCUUGAGGUAUUUAUCUUUUGGCAAAAGUCUGUAUGAUGUCUGACAGCUGUCUGAAUAGCUACUGUAGGCCUUCCAGAUGCCCUUUAAACGUCAUGUCAGAACAGUAAAGAGUCACAUAUGUUCAUCACACGAAACAAUUGGAAGUGUGUCCAGACUUGUCAUUGAACUGCUUUAAGUCACAUACAUUAUUCUCCUUUAUAGAACCAUGCAAAUCUCAAUGUGUCUGUGAAAACAUGGAAGUGUUUGUGAAAGAAAAUCAAAGUAACUAUUAAAGAUA